GAUGCUGAGGGGCAACAGGCGCGCUCGGACUAAUCUUACCUGAGAAAGAAAUCCAGAGGAAGAGCAAAGAAAGAAGAGGAGGGAAUGGCACUUUGCCAGGGACUGUUUACAUUUAAGGAUGUGGCCAUAGAAUUCUCCCAAGAGGAGUGGGAGUGCCUGGACCCUGCUCAGAAGGCCUUGUACAGGGAUGUGAUGUUGGAGAAUUAUAGGAACCUGCUCUCCCUGGGAAAGAUGCCCCAACUGCAGAGAGUGACAUGAAAUGGGGAAAACAUCGAGAUGGGUAGGACUGCGAACACAGAUAAGAGCUCACAUGGGUAUAGGAUAUUUCUGAUGCAUUUACAGGCAAGGGAUUAUCACCAAAGGAAGAAAUUAAUAAAGAGGAAUUAUACAAUAUGGUUAUAGUGGAAAGAAAUAAAAGCCAUGACAUCAAGGAUUUUGACCUCAUGGAAUUCUGGGAAAAUAUGCAUAAGUUUGACAGUCAAUGGGGAUAUGAUACAAGAAAUUACCAAGGAAUGCCUUUGACUUACAGAAGAAAUCUCACUCAUAGAAAAGACCAUCAACAUAAUAAAUCUUCAAUUAAUUUUUCUUUAAA